AACUCGCUCCGCAGCUUUGGCCGCCUCGUUGUGUCACCUCCGGCAUCGGCUCCUCCCGGCACCCUCAACGCAAACCAAUCGGUUUCACCGCAAUUGCCACGACUUCUACAGUUUCCUAAUGCGGCAAAUCCAUCCCCAGAAGCCAGUCGAGUUCAACGUAAAGACGGUGUGUGUGACUCCGGCAGUAAAGGACAGAGCGGCAUUUCACACGGUGUCAAAGAAAAUCUCAAGUUUUCAAAUGCGCCAAGUGUCUGGGCACGUUUGGAGGCCAGGUGGCGGAGGAGAGGAGGUGUGACGGGCUGCGAUCAGCCGCUUUGCCGGGGUAAAGCCCGCACCAGACUGCUAUGUACUCCCCGGGCGCCGAUGCCAUGGCCGGGUACAGCAGCGGCGGCGGCGCGACGGACACAGAUGCGGGGCAGGAGACCACACUGGGCAGCGCUUAUUCGCCGGUCGAUUACAUGAGCAUCACCAGCUUCCCCAGGCUGCCUGAGGAAGACGCCCUGCCCGGGGAGAACACGCUCAAGUCCCGCAAAGAUGAAGACAACUUUCUGAGCGAGCAGGAAACCGCAGAUCCCGACCUCUUCCUGAAGUCGGCAAGGCUCCAGCGACUUCCGUCCUCGGCGUCGGACCUGGCCAGCCACGACGGCACUCCGCUGCGGGAGACUCGCCGCGACCCCCUGGCCGAGGACUGCAGUUGCCGACAGGACGGUCUCACUGUCAUCAUCACUGCCUGUCUCACCUUUGCAACUGGGGUCACCAUCGCCCUUAUCGUGCAGAUCUACUUUGGAGAUCCUCAGAUCUUCAAUCAGGGCGCCGUGGUAACGGACGUGGCACACUGUACCUCUCUGGGGUUCGAGGUGCUGAAUAAGCAGGGCUCCUCUGUGGAUGCAGCCAUCGCCUCCGCCCUCUGCCUGGGUAUCAUCCACCCACACACAUCUGGAAUCGGCGGUGGAGGAGUGAUGCUGGUUCAUGACAUCCGGAGGAAUGAGAGCCGAGUCAUUGACUUCCGUGAAACAGCGCCCUCUGCCAUACGCCAAGAGAUGUUGCAGUUCGGUCCAGCUCAGAAACAGGGCGUCUUUGUGGGUGUACCGGGCACGCUGAGCGGACUGUACCAGGCCCACAAGCUCUACGGAAGAAUGCCAUGGAAAGAAGUUGUCACCAUGGCCGCAGACGUUGCCAGAAAUGGAUUUAAUGUCACCCAUGACCUUGCUGAGGCCUUGUCCAAUGUGAAGGAUUCCAAUGUUUCGGAGAGAUUCCGGGAGCUGUUCCUGCCUGACGGCCAGCCGCCCCUCUCGGGACUGUUUAUGAAGCGCCUUGACCUAGCCGCCAUUUUGGAUGCGGUCGCAGCCCGUGGCGUGUCAGAGUUCUACAGUGGGAACCUGACACAGGAGAUGGUUGCUGAGGUUAGAGCAAAUGGGGGAGUUUUGACCGAAGAGGAUUUCAGUAACUACAGUACUGUCUUACAGCAACCAGUGGAGAGUUUAUAUCAAGGACAUCAGGUCCUAGUGGCACCCCCCCCUCACGCCGGAGUGGCGUUGAUCACAGCCCUAAAUGUCUUGGAGGGCUUCAACAUCACCAGCCAGGUCCCCAGGAACAUCACCUAUCACUGGACUGCUGAGGCGCUGAAAAUUGCUUUAGCCAUGGCAAGUGGCCUUGGAGAUCCCAUGUUUGACUCCUCCAUCUCAGAAGUGGUGGCUGAGAUGACGAGCAAGUCCCAGGCUGCCAUAUUCCGCCAGUUGAUCAAUGACUCUCAGGCGUCUCCACCUGAACACUAUGCCCCCUAUUACUCUAUGGAGAGCGGGGAUGUGGCCAGCCAGGUGAUGGUUAUGGGACCAGAUGACUUCAUCGUGUCUGUCAUGAGCUCCCUGAACCGGCCAUUUGGCAGUGGGAUCGUCACCUCCUCUGGGAUUCUCUUGAACAGUCAGAUGCUGGACUUCUCUUGGCCCAACAAGACCAAUGAUCCCUCCCAGGCCGACCCGAGAAACUCCGUUCAGCCUGGUAAGCGACCCCUGUCCUUCCUCUUGCCCACUGUGGUGAGGCCUUCCCUUGGGCUCUGCGGGACCUAUGUUGCUGUGGGUUCCUCCAAUGGGGACCGUGCUCUCAGCGGCAUCACCCAGGUUUUAUUGAAUGUACUGUCUUUUCGCAAAAAUCUGAGUGACAGUCUGUCUUAUGGAAGGUUACAUCCUCAGCUGAAGUUGAACACAUUGCAAGUGGACUCGAAGUUCACUGAGGAGGAUGCGCACUACCUCCAGCUGAAGGGACACAUAGUGCAGCAGGUAGCAGUGCUGUCGCUGGUGGAGGGUACAAGACGGACCAACGACCUGAUCAUCGGGGUGAAGGACCCACGUAGUUCCGAUGCAUCCGCUAUAACCAUGUCCAUGCCCUAGUGGCUGCAAUUUCAGGGACCGGGAAUAGGGUUGGGAGGUGUGAUUCAUGUGUGAAGUGAGUACUUCCCAUAACAACCCAUGGCAAUAAAUGGCAUACCUUCUCUGGUUCCUGGUGUUCUCGCUGUAUAUCUACACAGAAAAUGUUGAUAUGGCUGUUCGUGGGAGUUUUACUUGCACAAAAAUGUUCUGAGGGAAGAAAGAAAAAUGGGUUAUCUCUCAACCAAUCAGAUUAGUUGAGGAGCUGCUCCAUGUGACUAGAGGAGGCGGGGCCAAGGUAUCCGAUUGGUUGGUCCUGCCUCCCUUUAGGUAUUGGACCCACCUCCUUUACAAUCUGGAUCAGAGAGAGAGAGAACCUAUCAUUUUCCCUCCCUCCUGCCCUCAGAACAUGUUUGUUUUAACAAAACGCACAUGAGCAAAAUGGCCAGAUGGAGACAAAUCCCAGCAUGUACAAACACACAGUAAACUUUCUGGGUACAUUUCAUGCGAAGCAUUCCCAAAGUUCAUCAUUCCUCCAGUCUAGAAUGGAACAAGCAUGUAAGACAAGUAAUUUUUGCCAGUUCUAAAGGGUCAAAGUUAGGGACGUCUGUAGCAUCAUCGUGGCAUUUUAGCAGCAUGAAAUCAUUUUUCCCAAGUGAUGAUUUUUGACUAAGAUCGUUUAUGGUUUGCUUGUUCUAGGCUGUAAGUGUGGUCCUUUCUUGUCAUUCCAUUUCUGUGUUGAGCUCUCGAAAGAGAGGUCAAUGUGCAUGUUGGUUUUGGUUUGAAAUUCCCUCUGGUCUAGUCAAUACUCAGUCUCAGCACCUCCAUCUUCCUCGAGAUUACCAAGGUGAGGUAUGGCCAACACCGAUCAGACGUGCAUGGUUAUUUACAGAAGUAAUCAAGUAUCAGAGCGGUUGGAACACGAGCCCUACUUCGUGUGACCUUAUGAAUUUGUGACCGGUGUAUCUUGCAAAGCAUAGCUAACACUAUCUACGCAAAGCUGCUUUCGUAAUAUGUCGUGAAACGUGUUUUUGCCAGACUAACUGGAACCUCACAAAGACAGCAAUGCUGGAGAAUGCUGAUAACGUGACUGCAAACGGGGUUCCAAAGAAAUCAAUAAUCACAUAAAUAUCGCUGUUAUUGCUAAAACUUGUUCUGUUUGAAAAUUGAAUAAGAGAAAUACUGCUUAUGAUCCCUGUCUUGUUAGACUUGCUUUUGUUACGGAUCUAUAAAAUAAAUCUCUAAAACAGAAA